UCGGGCGCUACCGCUCAAUGUGUGUUUGGCGCUCGACACGACCGGACGGACGGAAAACUCGCUGCCACCGCGCUUGCUGGCUGCUGGAAGAAAAAGGGAGUGUGUGUAUCUGUGUGAUCGCGUGUGCGUGCGUGCGUGCGUGUGUGAAAAGCUGCUCCCCGAAACGGGUGCUCCCGGUCGGUAGAAUCGGAGUGUCGGAUGUGUGCGAUUGUGCGCCCCCACGCGUGUGUACACAUCGUUGUGCGCGGUUCGUGGAGGAAUUAAUUACGGUGCAGUGAAAAUUGAUCUGCAAUUGGCAGCAAUUGGUGAAAAUAAUACCCAACACACACACAUAGUUACACACGCAGACACAUACGCCCCGCACAGGCAGGGAAGGGGGUUUGUCCGAAUUUUCCGCAACCAUACACACACACACACACACGCACACACCAGAAGGCCAUGUUGGUUUUUUCACCAGCGCGAUAUUGAUUGGGGCGGACGAGGUCGACGAGCAUUGGGCAGUAGUGCGAAGAAGAAGAAAAAGGCAAAGAAGAAGAGCAGAACGGGAAAACAUCCCCCCCUCUGUCUGGGCCGUGGUGUAAUUGAGAUGAUAUCGAGUCCGUGAAAUAGCCAGAACGGCAAUCAAACAGGGGCAGCAAGAAGAAGAAGAAGAAGAAGAAGCAAACAAAAGGGAAGGAAAACGAAGAAGAAAGAUCGUUGUUUAAUUUAACCACUCUCGUGUGUUGGUAGUGGCGCCCGUCGCAAAUUGUGGGUGUGCUAGUGGGCAUUGAGUGACCAUAGAGCGACCAGUGGUGGUGGCAGUGGUGGUGGUGGAUUCGUUUGGUGGUGAAAAUAAAUCAUCCCCUGUGUGUGUGCGCGUUCGAAGUGUGUUCGAUUGGUGGUGCCCCCCGUCUGUAACGUCCGGUUUUCCUGCUCCCCCGUGUGCUCUCCCAGCCUCCCAUGCACGGAGCGUAGCGUGGGUUACCAUGAGGAACGCGGCGAAAGAUACGGUCGCAUCGCAGCAGCCCGCCGCGUUCACCGAUAAGGUCAAUUAUGGUGGCGGCGUGAUUGAGUCGAUAAACCUCAAGAACGACCGGAACGGUGCACCGACGGCAAACCAGCACCGGAACAGCCUGCAGCAGCACCAGCAGCAGCAACUACAGAAGCGACCGUCGGUCGUGAAGGGUGGCCCAGGCGGAGGCAGAGGAACGGCACGCCACGUAUCGACGUCCAGCGAGGCCACCGACACGUCCGGGAGCAGCUGCAGCGAUGGGGACACGACGUCCUCGUCCUACGACGAGCCGAACCUGCCCUACCCGGGCUUCACCGAGUACUCGCUCAAGUACCUCACACAGGACUCGAAGCCGCGCAUCUGGUGCCUGCAGCUCAUCACUAAUCCGUGGUUUGAGCGAAUUUCGAUGUUAGUCAUUCUGCUGAACUGCGUCACCCUUGGCAUGUAUCAGCCGUGCGUGGAUGAUGCGUGCGUUACAAAUCGCUGCAAAAUUUUGCAGAUCUUUGAUGACAUCAUCUUUGCCUUCUUCUCGCUCGAGAUGACAAUCAAGAUCGUGGCGAUGGGGGCCUGGGGCAAGGGCACCUACCUGGCCGACUCCUGGAACCGGCUCGACUUCUUCAUCGUGCUGGCCGGUGCGCUCGAGUACUGUCUGCAGGUGGAAAACCUUAACCUAACCGCCAUCCGGACGAUCCGCGUACUGCGCCCGCUGCGUGCCAUCAACCGCAUACCGAGCAUGCGAAUCCUCGUGAUGUUGCUGCUGGACACGCUGCCCAUGCUCGGCAAUGUGCUGCUGCUGUGCUUCUUCGUGUUCUUCAUCUUCGGCAUCGUCGGGGUGCAGCUGUGGGAAGGCAUCCUGCGCCAGCGGUGCGUCAUCAAGCUACCGGACAACGUGUCCCCACCGUCCUACCUCACGUCGUCCCCGCGUAACAUUUACUACCGAAUUGUUAAUCAGAAAAAAAUCAAAACAGAUGUCUCCUUUUACUACGAGUUCUCCAAGGAGCAGGACUACAUCUGCUCCAAGCCGGAAGACUCCGGGAUGCAUCUGUGCCAGAAUCUGCCCCCGUAUCGAAUAGGACCGCUCCUGUGCAAUGACAGUGCACUGCCCUACUCGGAGAAUGAACCAACGGCUACGGCCUGUGUGAACUGGAACCAGUAUUACACGAACUGUACGCAGCUGGGCAACAAUCCCUUCCAGGGCACGAUAUCAUUCGACAACAUAGGGCUAGCCUGGGUGGCAAUAUUUCUUGUCAUAUCGCUCGAAGGUUGGACGGAUAUAAUGUACUACGUGCAGGACGCACACAGCUUCUGGGAUUGGAUCUACUUUGUGCUGCUGAUAGUGAUCGGUUCCUUCUUCAUGAUCAACCUCUGCCUGGUCGUCAUCGCAACGCAGUUUUCCGAGACGAAGAAGCGCGAGAUGGAACGGAUGAGACAGGAGCGGGCCCGCUUCACAUCCUCGUCGACGCUCGCUUCCAGCACCAACAACUCCGAGCCGACGACCUGCUACGCCGAGAUCGUCAAGUACAUCGGGCACCUUUACCGACGUUUCAAGCGCCGCCUCAUUAAGAAGUUACGAUUGUAUAAAUACCACAUGCAGAAGCGCAAGGAAGGUCUUAUACCGUGCACGCCCGAAACCAUCACACUGUCGCCGAACAAAAUCAAAGCCCAUCACCCGAAAUGUCCACGGAUGGGUGCGCUGCUACAGCAGCAGCACGCCUCGAUCACUAACCUGCAGCAGCAGAAGAACAAACACGACCUGCAGUCCAGCCUGUCCAUCAAUCGGACGGGUGUCACGCUGAACCAUCCCGAGCCGGGAACCAUCGUACCAUCGGCGGACAAUCAGGUUUCAUCGCCCGAGGUUUCGGAGAUUGUCUCGCUGGAGAACAUUAAAAACAAUGCACUGAACAACUCUACCACGUAUCUGAACGAGGAUCGACAGAAAGUGCUACUGCUGAAGAUCAACAAUGAGGAUCAAUCGAACGGACAAGAUCACCACUGUAUGCCAAGCUUGCUGAGUCCUCCGUCAGCAGGUAGACGAAGAUCGUCCGUUAUGUUUAACGAAUAUGUAGUGCUUCAUACGCCUCCAACCAUUACAGAACCACCGCAAGAUAAGAAUGUGUACUGUUUGGAGAAAAUGACCCAAGCAGGUGACGGUAGUAUCUGGCAGGUCAACUUGCCACACUCACUGCAGACAGUGAGUACCGUGUUCAACGAGUACUCCGACCUCUGCCUGUCUGACGCGAUGACCUGCCAGGAGCUGUUAGCGUUCUCGGUGGCCUUCUCGGCCGCCCUGCCCACCGGUCAAACCACGCUGGAAUCGUUCUACACCUCGCUGAAGCGUGCGAAGGGUGCCGAACCGGCACGGCAAACGAACGCCACACUGCCCCUGCCGGAAAUUGAACGCCUCAGCAGCAAAUCCAGCAACGAGCCGUCGCGCACCAGCUUCGACCCGGUGUCGGCCGGCAUCAACAACAUCAACAUGGAGGAGUUUGCCUGCUGCUACGAGUACUACCAAAACCAGGGCCUGGCGGAGGAGAAGCGUCCGCAGCGCUCCAAGUGCGCGCGGGCGCUCCUCGCGGUGUGGCGGUGCUUCCGCCGCACCUGCCACUUGACGCGCGUGCUCGUGAAGAAGCUGGUCGAUCACAAGUACUUCCAGCAGGGCAUACUGCUGGCGAUCCUCAUCAACACGCUCUCGAUGGGCAUCGAGUACCAUGAUCAACCGGCCGAGCUGACGGCGAUCGUCGAGACGAGCAACAUCGUCUUCUCGGCCAUCUUUGCGGUGGAGAUGAUCCUGAAGGUGAUUGCCGAGGGCCCGUUCCGGUACGUGGCGAACGGGUUCAACGUGUUCGAUGGUGUGAUCGUCAUACUGAGUGUGGUGGAGCUAGGCCAAUCCUAUCUGGGCGAGGGCCAGGGCAGCUCGGGUCUGAGCGUGUUGCGCACAUUUCGGCUGCUGCGCAUACUGAAGCUCGUGCGCUUCAUGCCCAAUCUGCGCCGGCAGCUGUUUGUCAUGCUGCGCACCAUGGACAACGUGGCCAUCUUUUUCAGCCUGCUGAUACUCUUCAUAUUCAUAUUCAGCAUUCUUGGCAUGUACCUUUUUGGAGGUAAGUUCUGUAAGUUUGUCGAAGAAAGCGGGAAAGAAAGGGAAUGUACUUGUCCAGAAAUUGUCUCCAAGCAUCCGCAAUGUGAAUGCGACCGUAAACAUUUCAACAAUAUCCUCUGGGCCACUGUUACCGUCUUUCAAAUUCUCACGCAGGAAGACUGGAACGUGGUGCUGUUCAAUGGCAUGGAAAAGACUAGCCACUGGGCUGCACUGUACUUUGUCACACUGAUGACGUUUGGCAACUAUGUGUUGUUCAAUCUGCUGGUCGCCAUUCUGGUGGAAGGCUUCAGCUCGGAGCGUAACGAGCGAAGGGAGCGUGAGCAGCGCGAGCUGGUGAAGGCCAAGCUGAAUGCGGAAGCCCUGGCCCAGGAGCAGAGCAUGGAGGUGUACGAUGAUCAGCGCAGCUUUUCCGAAUCGUCCACCACCGACAGCUACAACGGAUCGCGUGGCAAGUGGUACAGCGUGGAGGAACUAACCAAGGUGCGGAAUUUGGACAUCAAAUGCAACAUUCAGAAGCAGCGGCUGCUUCAACCCAACUACGAGGAUCCGAAGAACGUGGCCCAGAAGAACAAGCGGGAAAAGGAUGUGUCCAAGCCGGAACCGACUGCGACCAAAAAACUUAGAGGGAAAAAGGCGGAAUCUUUAAAGCUAUACAACAUCCAGGUGCAGGAUCCGCCGAUCAUUACCACUACUGCAGCGACGCCCCAAGAUUCGCCAAGCGGUACGAUGGAAUCGGGCACGAGCUUCAAGGACUGGGAUCAGGCGGACUUUGAAAAGUACGAGCGGGAGAAUUCUUCCCUGCUGAAGCCACCCUCCAUACUUGGCUCGCUCAAAACGCUGGACGAUCGUUCAUUUUUCGAGGGUACACCUGUGCUGAACGAAAUGCGUAAGAAGCACGACAAAAAUCACACCACCUCGUCCGACAGCCGGCUGUCGGUGGUGGACAAGCAGCAGAAGAAGCAGCAGGAAAAGUCUCUCACCGAGUCGGCGAGCGCACCGAAAGCCGUUGGUAAGGACGAAACCGCUAACGGUGGACUCCAUCGGCAAGCGUCCACGGAGGAGGGAGUACUAAACAAUGGGAAGAUCUUAUCCCAGCCAAAGGGUUUCGGUGCUACUGAUCGCCGUACGCUUGAUCCCCUGUUGGAAAAAAGCAACCGCAUUCAGAAUGAUACGCAGGGCUCGAGGACGCCGAAUCGCAGGCGCAGCUCGGUACGGCGAUCGUCCUCGGUGAAGGUUGACAGUGGUGCCAGCAGCAUCGCUAGCAAUCUCAGCCUAACGUCCCAUCCGCGCUGCUACUACAACAACGGCAGCACCAAGUAUUACUUCGAUCGCAAAAACUCUCUGCGACUGUGUGACAUUCGGACACCGAACAACCGGCGCCGUAUGUCAUCGUUUGAGCAGGCAUACCACAAACAGUCACCGAUGAGCAGCAUCCGAAACUUGGAAAUCAAACAGCUGCAGGACGAAAUGGAUAAGGGCAAGCUGGACAAGUCGUCGAACGCGUUCAAGAUCGCAGGCAACAGCACCGAUCUAACCGGCAAGGCAACGCGCAACGAUGGAACGCCCAAGAAGAAGGGCAAGGGACGGUUGAAGCAGUUUUUCCGCAUGGUAACACCGUACCAUUUCGUGGAGGAUCAUGAAACGUACACGCUGUACCUGUUUCCCGAGCACAACCGAUUUCGACAGAUUUGUUCCUGGUUCGUCAACCAGAAAUGGUUCGAUAACGUCAUCCUGCUGUUUAUCGCACUCAACUGCAUCACGCUGGCCAUGGAACGGCCCAACAUUCCACCGAACUGUACCGAGCGAUACUUUCUCGCCACUGCCAACUAUGUUUUCACUGGCGUUUUUGCGGUGGAAAUGUUUAUUAAGGUCGUUUCGGCUGGAUUGUUCUAUGGACCGGAUGCGUACUUCACCUCGGGAUGGAACAUUAUGGACGGUUCGCUGGUCACUAUCUCCAUUGUGGAUCUGCUGAUGUCGCUGAUAAGCGAAUCGAGUCCCAGGAUCUUUGGAAUCUUGCGAGUGUUCAGGUUGCUGCGAUCGCUACGCCCGCUAAGGGUGAUCAACCGAGCGCCCGGCCUGAAGUUGGUUGUCCAGACGCUGCUGUCUUCGCUGCGCCCGAUCGGUAACAUCGUACUGAUCUGCUGCACCUUUUUCAUCAUCUUUGGCAUAUUGGGUGUGCAGCUAUUCAAGGGCACUUUCUACUACUGCGAAGGGGAAAACAUCAAGGGAGUGAAAAACAAGCAGGACUGUCUGGCGAUCGAGGGAAACGUUUGGAUCAACCGGAAGUACAACUUUGACGAUCUCGGCAAAGCGCUCAUGUCGCUGUUCGUGCUGUCGUCACGCGACGGUUGGGUUAACAUCAUGUACACCGGGCUCGAUGCCGUUGGCGUGGAUCAACAGCCAAUCGUCAACUACAACGAGUGGCGCCUGCUGUACUUCAUUGCCUUCAUACUGCUCGUGGGAUUCUUUGUGCUGAACAUGUUCGUUGGAGUGGUCGUCGAGAACUUCCACCGUUGCCGGGAGGAGCAGGAAAAGGAGGAAAAAAUACGCCGUGCUGCCAAACGAGCGCUGCAGAUGGAGAAAAAGCGAAAAAGAAUGCACGAGCCGCCGUACUAUACCAACUAUUCGCCGAUGCGACUGUUUGUGCACAACGUGGUCACCUCGAAGUACUUCGAUCUGGCGAUUGCCGCCGUGAUAGGGCUGAACGUGGUCACGAUGGCCAUGGAAUACUACAUGAUGCCGCUGGCAUUGGAGUAUGCGCUGAAGAUUUUUAACUAUUUCUUCACUGCCGUCUUUAUACUCGAGGCGGCAAUGAAGCUGCUCGCGCUAGGCGUGAAGAUAUACAUGAAAGAUCGCUGGAACCAGCUGGACGUCGCGAUCGUGAUACUGUCGAUCGUGGGCAUUGUGCUGGAGGAACUGGAAACGAACAUUAUACCGAUCAAUCCGACCAUCAUACGUGUAAUGCGCGUCCUGCGGAUCGCCCGCGUACUAAAGCUGCUGAAGAUGGCCAAGGGUAUCCGUGCUCUCCUGGACACCGUAAUGCAGGCGUUGCCACAGGUCGGUAACCUGGGCCUGCUGUUUUUCCUACUAUUCUUUAUCUUUGCCGCACUCGGUGUGGAGCUGUUCGGGCGGCUCGAAUGCUCCGACGAGGUGCCGUGCCAGGGUUUGGGAGAGCAUGCACACUUUGCCAACUUCGGUAUGGCCUUCUUGACGCUGUUCCGUGUGGCCACCGGUGACAACUGGAACGGCAUCAUGAAGGACACGCUGCGGGACGACUGCGACGACGCGGCCGAUUGCGUGAAGAAUUGCUGCGUGAGCACGAUCAUAGCGCCGAUCUUCUUCGUCAUCUUCGUGCUGAUGGCACAGUUCGUAUUGGUGAAUGUGGUUGUGGCCGUGCUGAUGAAGCAUCUGGAAGAAAGCCACAAGCAGAUGGAAGAUGAUUUGGAUAUUGAAACGGAGCUGGAACGCGAAUUCGAAAGAGAGCAAGAGUUUGAGGAGGAACAAGCGCUUUGCAUGCAGCUGAACGAUGAUAACAACCAAGUUCAAAAACGCCCACUAACCAAAGUUUCUUCCUUGCCUUCGAAUUUCACGUACAGUACUCCGAUCUUGGAGAAGAAGAGCAAUAUUCAACGUCGUCAGACCAUACAGUAUUUCAACCAGAAUCUAGGCCUCUCGGUUUUCAACUCAUACACCAAUAACAAUUCCUAUGACGAAACGGCGGAGAACAAUAUCAACGCCGAGGGCGAAGAGUUAGACCCGGGUGGUGGCGUCCCGGGCGCCCGGGACGAGUGCGAGGAGAAGAAGAUGAAGAAGAUUGGCGAGGGGGUCGGCGGCCUGGUGGUUGCCGACGGUGGGAAGGGCGUUGGCUCCGACAGCCUGAACUCGGCCAAGGAGUACAACGUCAACUCGAAAAACGUUAACAAGAAGAUCCUGAUCAACAAGACGAACCUUUUCAGCAAGUCUUGCGAUGGUCGGCCCUCGGGCGGGGACGGUAAGCGGGGCAAGGGUGGUUUCAAGGAGGAAUGCCUAAACAUUUCAAUACCGACGGUACCGCUGGUGAUCGGUGGCGCCGGCAAACCCGAGACCGGCCGGCCGGACGAUCCCCAUCACCGGGGCGCAUCGGCACCGGCCGGUCUCGCUGAUGGUUCGGAGGGCGACGUUCCGGUUGAAUCACAGUGCUCGACAAUCACCUCGUCUAGUAGAUCGCGGCAUCAAGCCGGUAGCAAGCUGGAAUCACGUCAAUUGAGCUUGGACUACGAACCGACCAGAACCCCGCGGCCGAACCCGGACGGUGACGGGGUGCCGCUCGCGACCGAUGGGUGCGUGCCGGUGGCGCCCGCGGGCCCAGGCCCUGCGUCCUCCGCUGUCGGGAACGGUGGCAGCAGCAACACGACGACCAGCGGCAGCACUGUUUCGAACAAAUCGUUUCUAUCGGUUCCGAAGCUGCAGCCCAAAAGCCGAUCCGGCAGCACCAAGCAGCUGUUCAAACAGUCCGCCCUGGACGAGGACGGGGAGACGAACGACGAGAGCUCCCUGCUGCUUCCGGUGGCCACCGUCGCCGACAGUGGCGGCCCCGGCAGCAACCAUUGCCACGGGGGCGGCGGCACCCUGCUCGCCAUACCGGGCGAGGGCGGCGGUUUCGGUGCGGAUACGGUCAAGAAUUCGGAAUCGUGCGAAAUCAUUCGCAUCAUUUCCGAGCGACGCAAAAUUUAAAAACACAAAAAAAAACCAACAGCACAAUGCAGAAACAGGCAUGGUAGAGGUGUACCAUGCGGGCGGUGUGCUGUGCGUUUACCCAUUUGUUUGUGCCCGCGCACAACCAUAACCCCAAGCAAUUAAGAUUACAUUCGUAGGUUUGUUAAAAAAAAAUAACGGUCAAACUGUUCAUUACAUCAAGUAUUAUUAGCUGGUCUUUAGAUAGUGAUUUUAUGCAAACAGUGCCAACUCCAACCAUCUUCAGAGCCGUACACGAAGGUACGGCGGCGGAAGCGUAAAAGCAAUUCACCCCGGAUGAGGUUGCCCGGGGUAACGUGGGCCGUGUUUCGACGGUUCAAAACGAAUCUUUCUCUCUUUCGGUUUCUAUUCUUCCUUUCGGUAGGAGAGGUUUGAGGCUACACACAUGUGGACUAGCAGAACAGAUUCAGGAUAUUCAGUCGCUCCCAGUAUGCCGGCACAGCUAGGGCCUAAUUGACGCAUGCCGUCUCUCAUGGCUCUCUUCCUGUUUGCUCGGGCGGCAGGAAAGGAAACAAAGGAAAAACAUGGAUCAAAAAGGACAAUCUUAGAAGUAUCGCCUUUAUAGAAGUGAAUUUAGCAGGAAGCAGAACUAUGAAGUUUUGUAUUCAUAUUGAAAUUGAUGGUGUAUUAGGUCUAGCAAACAAAAAAAAACAACAAAAAAGGAGGGAUAAAACUAGCAAAUCCUCAAGCGUAACAACAAGUGUACUCUCGUUAUUAUGGAAAGUAGCACUCUCCGAUUUAUCUAUUACUAUUGUUCCAGGUAAUAAAGAAAUAGUAUACGUAA